UGGUUCAAACUUGCGCAUGCGUAUGAGAACUGUUUGGAAUUUUGGCGCGUGGAUUCAAAGAGAAAGAUGGAGUUGCUGAAUGCAUUGGAUUUGCUAAAAAUUAAAACUGUAAAUGGGGUGUGGGUAGACACAGUGUGGGAUUUUGAGUUCUCGGAAGCGGAACCAUUAGACCCUGUCAUCGAAGAAGAGAUCAUUGGAAAUGGCUUGGAUGCGUUCAAAACGGUCUACAAACGGCUGUUGCCUUUUGCGACAGACGCAGCAGGUGGCACAGAUAAUGUCUGGACCACGUUUGGAGAAAACGGAGUUUCUGUCAAUGCAAUCGUAGCCGUGCUCUCCCAUUUCUUCCUCGGAGUGAAAGCCAGAACAGCCAACCUCUCUCGGAGACUGAAUGCUUUGCAUGCAGGCUCUGUCUACUUGCUGCUCCUGGGAAUACCAGGCAACAUAGCCAACAAAGUGUUUCACCCUGUUCUGUUUGAUGCCUGCCUGGACUUGGUGAAGACAUGCUGGCCCCAAGAUACAGGCAAGAAGCGCAAGAAGGAUGCAAUCAGGAGCUCUCAGUCAGACCCAAAGGGCAGGAAACGAUGCAAGCCCAGCCGGAAGGACAAUGAAGAGAUGGAGGUGGAUGGUUUUGAGGAUGAGGACCUGGAGGAAGAGAUGUUUUUCUCUGCUCAGGAUCUCAUGCACAUCAGAGAAGGAAUCGUCUCUCUUGUCAAAACCCUGCUUAGGCUCCUGACCAAGUUACCCUUGAAGGACAAGCCCCACAGUGUUCAGCACUGUGCACAGGUUUUCACUGAUCUCACCAGAUUCGAGCCAGUGAUUGGAGAACUGACUUUUGCAGAGGGAUUGGACCCCACGCGGAUGAAGAGCCUGCCGGAGUUGGCCUAUCACGGUCUGUGGCUGCUCUGCUGUCCCAGGCAUGGUGAAGGGAGUGAGUCUGUGCGGCAGGUCUUCCACCAGCUCCUGUAUGUGAUCCUCAUGAUGAGCAACGAGGAGUGCGCCAAGCCCACCCUGCUGUCCCCAACGCAGGCCGUCCUGGCCUCCAGAGAGCAGGCCAUCCGGUUUGUGAGUCACGUCGUUGAUGAGCUGAAGGAAUCCGUGCUGCCGAUUCUCCGGAUCCUUCUCCAACACAUCUGCUUCCAGAUGGUGGACAAGGCGGAGUAUCGCACUAACGGGGCGCAGGCCGUGGUGAAGCUGCUGGAGAAAAUGCCCUGUGCAGAGUACGCUUCCUUCAUCCAGUGGCUGUACACCUAUUCCCUGCACUCCAAGGUGGGGUACCGCAUGUUUGCGCUGGACGUGGCCAUGGCUCUGGUGGAGCAGCCGGAGCGGGUGCCGGAGGGCGAGCUGUCGGCUGAGCUGGCCUCCUUCCUGCCGCACAAGUUCCUGGUGCAGGUGAUGGUGUUCGGCCGGCGCUCGGACCGGGCCCCCACGGUGCGCAGCCACGCCCUCACCUACCUGGGCCUGUGCCUGGAGCUGCAGUCGGCCAACGCCACAGAGAGCGUGCAGGAGCUCUUCUCCUUCUCUUCUGCACAGACCAUUCUGGAAGGAGUGAGGCCCGAUGUUUUGCCCACCAUCCAAGAAUCAGCCAUGCAAAAAACUGCCUUCCACUUCAAAACUAUUGAAAUGACCAACAAAGCAGACAUCACCGCCUUUGAUACACGAGAGACGAUGGCCUUGCUGAUGCGGCGUGUCAGUGAUGAGAGGACCAAUGUGCGGAAGUCUGCUCUGCAGGCUCUCAUGAGCCUCCUGAAGCACCGGGUCGUCCCCUGCAGCCCGGAGAACCUGUCCAUCCUGUCGGACCGCUGCAGAGACCCCGCCAUGUCCGUGAAGAAGAAGGCCCUGCAGUGCCUCAUGGACCUCCUCUCUGCCCAACCGGAGAGCAGUGUGGUCCAGAAGACAUGGCUGAUGGGUGUGGUGCCCGCUCUCUGGGACUCUGAGGUCUCGGUGCUGGAGAAGGCCCUGGAGUGCCUGGACCUCACCAUCCUCGCCCACAUAAAGAACCACCAGAGCUACAGCCCACAGGAUGUGCCCCAGAAACUGGCCUGGGACCUGCUCGGCCUACUCUGCGGGGAGAGCCAGGACCUGGGCCGUUACUUGAACAAGGCCUUCGCCAUCUGGUCCAAGCAGAAGAAGUUCUCCUCCUCCUUCAUCAACAGCCUGAUCUCCCACACUGGAGCGGACCACGCCCCGGCUGCCUGGCUCCUGCUGUCCAAGGUGGCGGGCUGCUCCCCCCGGCUGGACUACAGCAGGAUCCUGGACUCCUGGGAGGAGAUGGUCAAGGACAGCAAUGUCACUGUUGCGACCGCCUGCCACAUCCUGUGUGUGAUCGGGGACAUUGCUGGGCACCUCAACGAGGACACCAAGAGCAGGCUCCUGGAGGACAUUAUGAAGUGGCUGAAGAGCUUUGACAUUCCCCUGGAGGUGGUCAGCGCCUGUGUGGACACACUCUGCCAGCUGGGGAAGGCGGAGAAGGUGGAGGACACACAGAGCUUUCUGAACCAGCACUGCGGAGAGCUGGUGUCCGUCUGCGAGGCCUACCUGUCCAGCAUCAUGCUGAGCCAAGACGGGGCGCUCAACUUCAACCAAGAUCUCGUGGUGAAACAUCUGUUCACUCUGGGGGUUGCUUCCCUGCAAUGCCCUGCUAGGGUGGGCAAACGAAUCUUCCUCCUCGUGCAGUCCAUUCUGGCCUCAAACGAGGAGCUGCAGUUAACCGAAGGAUCGGACGAGCUUCCUGCCACUCAGCCCCUGUCUCAGUUCAAGCCGUCCUCCAUGCCCACGCUGGUGCGAGCCCACGCCUUCAUCACUCUGGGUAAGCUGUGCCUGCAGAACGAGGACCUGGCCAAGCGCUGCCUCCCAGCCUUCGCCCGGGAGCUGGAGGUGAGCGAGGAGGUGGUGGUGAGGAACAACGUGGUGGUGGUCAUGUGCGACCUGUGUGUGCGCUACACCACCAUGGUGGAGCGCUACAUCCCCAACAUCUCGGCCUGCCUGAAGGACCCGGAGCCCCUCAUCCGCGAGCAGACCCUGAUCCUGCUCACCAACCUGCUGCAGGAGGAGUUUGUGAAGUGGAAGGGGUCCCUGUUCUUCUGCUUUGUCAGUUUGCUGGUGGACCCAGAACCCAAGAUCGCCAGCCUGUGUGAGUUCUGCUUGGUUCAUCUGCUCCUGAAGAGGAACCCCAUAAUGUUCUCCCAGCACUUCGUGGAGUGCAUUUUCCACUUCAACUGCUACGAGAAGCACGAGAAGUACAACAAGUUUCCCCAAACAGCCGGUGAGAAGGCCAAGUUCUCCCUGAGAGGCUCCAAAAACAAAGAGAGGCGAAUGAGGAUCUACAGGUUUCUGCUGGAGCACUUCACAGACGAGCAGCGCUUCAACAUCACCUCCAAGAUCAGCCAGAGCGUCCUGGCCUGCUUUGUGGAGGGCGUGCUGCCCCUGGAUGCCGAGGGCUGUGAGCUGCUGUCAGACACCUUCGAGGUGCUGAGCCUGAAGGAGAUCAAGCUGUCGGCCAUGCGCGGCUCCGCGGAGCGUGAUGAGCUGGAGGAGGGAGACGAGAUGGCCAUGGCCCAGGCCGUCAUGCAGGUGGCCCAGAAGAAGCUCAUCUCGCACGUCCAGAAGAAGAAUUUCAUUGAGAAUGUGAUUCCCAUCAUCAUUUCUCUGAAGGCCAUGCUGGAGAAACAGCACUUUCCUGUGCUGAGAGAACUGAUGGGAUAUCUACAGGUGAUGAUGCAGGACUACCGCACCGAGGUGAAGGACUUCUUCGCGGCUGACGAGCAGCUGGCGUCCGAGCUGGAGUACGACCUGAAGAGGUUCGAGAAGGAGCAGGAGCAGCAGCAGCAGCUGGCCUCCUGCACCCUGACCGACGGCUCCUCCGCCAACUCCCCCGCCGUCAACACCACCCCCAGGGCUGCCAUGGGCUCUGCCCGCGCCUCACCGGUGCCUACGUCCGCCCAGGGCGUACGGUCCGCCCACAACACGCCCCAACCGCCCGGCUCGGCCCCUCGCCACACCACCCCGAGGCCUGUGAGCGCCACCAAGCAGCGGGCCCUGAGCACCACUGAGGUUCUGUCUAAGGCCCGUAAGGCUGUGGAGCGGAGCGGGCUACGCAGGACCAGGGCCCAGUCGGGCCGUAACGAGAACGACACUCCCUCAGCUAUCCCCAAGCACGUUCUCCGCCUGACGUCCACUGGGUCAGCCCUGGAAAAUCGAGCCAUCAGCACCCCGCAGCGGAGCAUGGAUGACCUGACGUUUGGAGAGGGAUUCAGUGCCAUUUUCAGCACCUGCAGAACAGAACCAAAGACUGCUGGGAAGAAAGAUGACAACGUCCUCUACAUGAUGUCACCAGAUAAGCCCACUCCCGCACCCCGACAGUGGAACGUGGAAUCCCCUCUUUGUCGAAGAGGAUCAAGAAGACAAAGACUGUAGUUUAAAAAUAAAGUGACAUUAAAGAUGCCAAUGUUCUUUCUGCGCUUCCCCAGAAGUUAGAAGUUUGUCCUGUAUUUUCUCUGCCUGUCCUAUGUUUAUAUACCACCUUCAAUCAUUUCCUCUGCACUGUGUAUCACAUGUCUGAAUUUAGCAUGCCAUUUUCAAUGCUUGUGUAAAUAAAUAAAAAUGACAACGUA